AAGCCAUGAACUCCACGGCAAGCCCCUUUGAAACGUCGUACAAGAACUAUUCGACAGCGGUGCUGGUCAGGGACACGUACACCAAAGCCUUUAUGAAAAACCUAACUGUGGUGCUCGUCUGGUUCAUCCUCAGCUACAUUAACGUGAGUGUCGUGGUCACCUUCUUCAAAAACCAGGUGUUCUACGAGGACCCGCGCUACAUCCUCUUCAUCCACAUGGUCAUCAACGAUGCCAUUCAGCUGACCGUCACCAUCAUGCUCUUCGUCCUCAGCUACAUCUUCUACUUCAUCAACGUGUCCUUCUGCUGCUUCUUCAUGCUGGUGGCCAUUUUCACCACCAGGAACUCGCCGCUCAUCCUGGCCUGCAUGGCAAUCGAGCGCUACAUUGCCGUGUGCAACCCGCUGCGGCACGCCCAGAUCUGCACGGCGCAGCGCACCUACGUCCUCAUCGGCCUCACCUGGUUCCUGUGCCUGGUCACGGAGACCAGCGACCUCUUCUUCACCCUGGCUACGGAGUCCAUAGGCUUCUUCUACACCUCCGUCUUCUGCCUCAGGAAGAACGUGUUCAGAGCCCCGACCCUGUCCAAUAAGAUGAAGGCUCUGGACUGCUUGUAUUUUUUGGUGGUGUUCCUCACCCUGGUGUACACCUACCUGCGGGUGCUGUUCGCGGCCCGGGCCCUGUCCUCGGAGCGGAGCUCCGCCCAGAAGGCCAGGAACACCAUCUUCCUGCACGGGAUCCAGCUCCUCAUGUGCGUGCUCUCCUACAUCUACCCCAGCAUAGAGGCCGUCCUCAGCACCCUCUUCCCCGCGCAGCUCCUGGACAUCCGCUACUCCACCUACCUGAUCGUCUACAUCCUCCCUCGCUUCCUCAGCCCCAUCAUCUACGGCGUCAGAGACACCCGGUUCCGUAAAUACCUAAAAAGAUACUUUGUCUGCAGUUUGUAUAAAGUUAAACCAACUAACGAGGAUGAAAUGGGACACUAGCAUUAGCGUGCUGUGGUGUGCUUGACCCUUAAAGCAGUGACAGAUGGUGAGUUUUACCUAUGUUUCAUAACAGUCCUGAUAACUGUGAUGAUUGUGUUAUGCUGAUAAGCUCUGCGGUUAAAUAAGGCUCAUGCAUUAGUAUCUAGUUUCUUUUCAAUUGAAUGCUUUUGAUUUAAUUACAUUACUGGGGUGCUAUUCGAAUAAAAGCAUUUGUUAUAGAAAAAAAAACAAUCAAGAGGAAAUAUAUUGUGGACUACUGUAUGCUAUAAAUUUUGUUGUUGUUAUUUAGCCUAUCUUCUAUGAAGUGGGCAAGAGAACACAGAAAUGAUACAAUAUUGGACACAAUUCAUUGAAAAGUAAUAUGUUGGGUGAUCCUUACCAGCUUCUAUAGUGGCUACUGUAAAAAUCUCCAGGACAACGUUCAUUUUGAAUGUAAACUCUCUCCCCCAUUUGUCUGUUGAUAGGCAGUUACUGCCUUAAACAACUUUGUGAAAAACAGCAAUAUUUGCAAAAUAGGCCUACUGUAUGAAAUGGAGGAUCUUGACUGAUUUCCUUAUUUCAUUUUCUGAAAAUACAUGUGCUAUUCUGAAUGAUUUCAAAAUUCUGCAGUUUUUUCACAUGUUUAUCAGGCAGAAUUAAUAUGUAGAUUAAUGAGAUAAAAAAUAUUUGUACAUAAUGAUGUAAAGUAAUUAAUAAAUAUUAGAUAAAUAUUUGAAAGUUGAAGAAUACAUAUUUGUGUAUUAUGCAUACACACUUUUGAAAAAUGUUUUUUCCUUACAUUUUAAACACAUCGGUCUUGUUUAGUCAGUAAGGGUAUGUAAGCAAUCAGCAAUAUACAUGUACAGUAUAUUAUGUAGAGUUGCCAUUUAAAAUGUGAUGAUAAGUUACAUAAACUCUGACCAUCUUUGUUUUCCAACUGUCUGAGAGUUUAAGGCCAUGUUUUAAAACAUAUGCUUCUAUCUUAUGUACCUGAAUACAGUGUGCGCUGGCUAGGGGUAUGCAGAGACGUCAUUAUCUGUAUCUGUAUCUGUUCAACCAACAAAAUUGUCUGUGUGUAUCUGUAUUCGGAUAGAAGAACGGAAGUGGGUGUGGUUUAUACCGGAAGUCACGUUAAAUCAGGCAAAUGUUGUAUUUUCUAACCUAAUAUUCAUUGGCAAUGCAAUUGUUGUGCCUUCAAAGUAUCAAAUUGAUUUAAUAUUGGCAUAUAAUUAAUAAUGAAAUAUAUUUCCACAUCCUCAUACUGUACUUUUGAUCUCUCUCUAUAUUGUCUCUCAAAAUAUUUUUUUUUUAAUUAAUUAUUCCAAAAACAAUAUGUACAUGCUGAAAAAACGUUUUUGACCUAUUUUUACAGAUAAAAUGCCACAUAAAAUGAAAAAACAUAUCAAGAAAAGCCUCUGACACACCCCAGCUAUAACAUUUAAGAAGCAGUAUGUAAAAUAUGUAGCUGUAUCUAUUGUUAAAGUUGAGAUAAAUUGAAUACCCUACGGGCAAUAUACAGUUUUGAGAAAAUGGCUGUAAAAGGGAUGUUUAAACGCUGGUAGCCAAUGAAUUUGAAGAGUUCUGCUUGUCUUUUGUCCAUCCUCACAGUGACAGCAAAGGAAAUAGCCACAUGUGGUCAUUCUAGCAGUACGCUCCAAUAGACAAGCUUUUUAACGAUAUAUGAUUCAACCAGGUCAGUUUUAAAACCGCAGAGGCAUUUAAUCAUAAAAGAUGCUAUCAUAAGGUCAUUUCAGGCUAUGCUUCGUGUACUUGACGAUGGUGUUACAUUAUCAUUCAAAUUAACUAUUUAUAAUGAUUAUUUACCUUUAGUUUGUUCAUUUUAUGAAACUAUAGAAGUUAUAGAAGCAAAAUAUCAAAAAAUAUCAAAAUUGGCAUAUGGAACCAAAAUGAUCGUUUUUGACGGUGGUGCCUCCUCUUAAACUGCUUUAGAAUGCUGGACAUUGAUUUUAGAACUGUUAAAAGGCUGAGGUGUCCCUUUACUGAGAAAUAACUUGUUGCAAGGUAAA